GCCGUCGGAUUAAAUUAUUUUCAUCCUUAAGUACAGUCUUCUCGCCGGAGAAGAUAUUCCGGUAGCCAUGCUCCGGUCAAUAACUUUUUCCUCGUCCCUUACUUCGACCUCUCUUUUCUUCCGCUUCUUUCGCCAGUCCCCUCGCUCUUACUUUUCGCCGUCAUUGUCUUCGACCGCCGUCGGCCGCAAGGCCCGCAACAUUCGCCGGCUUUCUACUCCAGAAGCUGCUGGAAGACGUUUCUUUCUACCCCGUGACUUUAAACUGCGCUCCGGCGCGAGUCGUGGUCUCAAUGGACAGUUCUCUCGCUUAUCCAUUCGCGCCGUCGCUACACAAUCCGCACCUUCUUCAAUUCCCGGUCAAGAUGAGGCUGAGAAGCUUGGAUUUGAGAAAGUCUCUGAAGAGUUCAUCUCAGAGUGUAAAUCUAAGGCUGUUCUCUUCAAACACAAGAAGACUGGUUGCGAGGUGAUGUCUGUUUCUAACGAUGAUGAGAACAAGGUGUUUGGCAUUGUUUUCAGGACUCCUCCGAAAGAUUCCACUGGCAUUCCUCACAUACUGGAACAUAGCGUAUUAUGUGGGUCAAGAAAGUACCCGCUGAAAGAACCAUUUGUCGAAUUAUUCAAGGGAAGUUUGCUUACUUUCCUUAACGCAUUCACAUAUCCUGAUAGGACUUGCUACCCAGUUGCUUCCACAAAUACAAAGGAUUUCUACAACCUUGUCGAUGUAUACUUGGACGCUGUUUUCUUCCCCAAGUGUGUGGAUGACGUUCACACUUUUCAGCAGGAGGGUUGGCACUAUGAGCUUAACGAUCCUUCAGAAGACAUAUCUUACAAAGGUGUUGUUUUUAAUGAGAUGAAAGGUGUCUAUUCACAGCCUGAUAAUAUACUAGGGCGGAUUACUCAACAGGCCUUAUGCCCAGAAAAUACAUACGGUGUUGACAGUGGAGGUGAUCCAAAAGAUAUCCCUAAGCUUACGUUUGAGGAAUUUAAGGAGUUCCACCGUCAAUAUUAUCACCCAAGCAAUGCCAGGAUAUGGUUCUAUGGAGAUGAUGAUCCAGGUCACCGCCUCCACGUCUUGAGUGAAUACUUGGACAUGUUUGAUGCAAGUCCAGCUCGAGAUACCUCAAAGGUUGAACCACAAAAACUAUUCUCUAGGCCUCGCAGAAUUGUUGAAAAAUAUCCUGCUGGUGAAGAUGGCGACCUAAAGAAGAAACAUAUGGUGUGCCUUAACUGGCUGCUCUCUGACAAGCCACUGGACUUACAAACUCAACUCACCCUUGGGUUUUUGGAUCAUCUAAUGCUUGGGACUCCUGCUUCCCCAUUGAGAAAAAUCUUACUGGAAAGCGGUUUAGGAGAAGCUCUUGUUAAUAGUGGAAUGGAAGAUGAACUUCUCCAGCCCCAAUUCAGUAUAGGUUUGAAAGGUGUUUCCGAUAAUAAUGUCCAAAAGGUUGAAGAGUUGGUCAUGAAUACUCUGAGAAAGUUGGCUGAUGAGGGGUUUGACACUGAUGCUGUUGAAGCAUCCAUGAAUACCAUUGAGUUUUCUCUGAGAGAAAACAAUACAGGAUCGUUCCCUUGUGGUUUAUCCCUUAUGCUUCAGUCAAUUGCGAAAUGGAUAUACGACAUGGAUCCUUUUGAGCCAUUAAAGUAUGAGGAACCAUUGAAGUCCCUGAAAGCUAGAAUAGCUGAGAAAGGAUCCAAGGCUGUCUUUUCCCCACUGAUAGAGGAAUUUAUUUUAAAGAACCCUCAUUGUGUUACUAUCGAGAUGCAGCCUGAUCCAGAAAAAGCUUCUCAAGAGGAAGCAGAGGAGAAAAAUAUUCUAGAAAAAAUUAAAGCAAGUAUGACAGAAGAGGAUCUUGCAGAACUAGCGCGUGCCACAGAGGAGUUGAGAUUGAAGCAAGAGACUCCUGACCCUCCUGAAGCACUAAAAUGCGUUCCAAGUUUAAACUUGAGUGACAUUCCAAAAGAACCUAUAUAUGUUCCCACUGAGGUUGGAGAUAUUAAAGGCGUGAAGGUUUUGCGGCAUGAUCUCUUUACAAAUGAUAUACUCUACACUGAAGUAGUCUUUGACAUGGGCUCACUAAAGCAUGAGCUUCUUCCACUGUUACCCCUCUUCUGUCAAUCAUUACUAGAGAUGGGCACGCAAGAUUUCACUUUUGUACAACUUAAUCAGUUAAUUGGAAGGAAAACCGGAGGGAUAUCAGUUUAUCCCCUUACAUCCUCUGUGUAUGGUAGGGAUGAUCCAUGUAGCAAAAUUAUCGUGCGUGGAAAAUCAAUGGUUGGACGCGCUGAAGACCUUUUUGACCUGAUGAACUGUGUAGUGCAAGAGGUUCGAUUUACAGAUCAACAACGGUUUAAACAAUUCGUCUCCCAGAGUAGAGCACGGAUGGAGAACCGAUUGAGGGGAAGUGGCCAAGGAAUUGCUGCUGCGAGGAUGGAUGCAAUGUUGAACGUUGCUGGAUGGAUGUCUGAACAGAUGGGUGGUCUCAGUUACCUUGAAUUUCUACAUACUCUUGAACAGAAGGUGGAUCAAGACUGGGAAGGAAUUUCAUCUUCACUUGAGGAAAUCAGAAGAUCUUUCCUUUCCAGGAAUGGUUGCAUAGUUAAUAUGACUGCGGAUGGGAAGUCCCUCACAAACACGGAAAAAUUUGUUGGAAAAUUUCUUGAUUCACUCCCUGAAAAUCCUUCUGGUGGACUUGUCUCUUGGGAUGCACGACUUCCUUUGAGAAAUGAAGCUAUAGUAAUACCAACCCAGGUGAACUAUGUGGGAAAAGCGGGAAAUAUAUACAGCAGUGGCUACAAACUUGAUGGGAGUUCAUAUGUUAUAUCAAAGCAUAUUAGUAACACAUGGUUAUGGGAUCGUGUUCGUGUAAGUGGUGGUGCAUAUGGAGGUUUCUGUGAUUUUGAUUCACAUUCAGGAGUAUUUUCGUUCUUAUCUUACCGUGAUCCCAACCUAUUAAAGACUCUAGACAUAUAUGAUGGAACUGGGGAUUUCUUACGUGGCCUCGAUGUUGAUGAAGACACCCUUACUAAAGCAAUUAUUGGGACAAUUGGCGAUGUUGAUUCAUACCAACUCCCUGAUGCCAAAGGUUAUAGCAGUUUGUUGAGGCAUUUACUAAAUGUAACCGAUGAAGAGAGGCAAAUAAGACGUGAAGAGAUAUUAUCAACAAGUUUGAAGGACUUCAAGGAAUUUGCAGAGGCAAUAGACUCAGUUAGAGAUAAAGGCGUGGCAGUGGCUGUGGCGUCACAAGAAGACAUUGAUGCAGCAAACAAAGAACGCUCAAACUUUUUCGAGGUGAAGAAAGGUCUCUGAGUCUGAGACCCUCUUAGAAAGUAGCUUGUCACAGUGAGGAAUGACUCUUCUUAGGUUCACGGUACGACGCAUCAAAUCUCUAAGCUCGUACUUUUUUGCGUUUUACUUCACUGUGUUUACAUAUAUGUCAACUUCAUGAUUUAUCUCAGUUGAAAUGAAGCAUUUUUACCUCA